CCAUCCAUGAGAAGAGAGACAUGUUCCCUAAAAAUGUGAGAAUCCCCGCAUUUGCAGCCUAAAACAUUCGCCAAUCUUUACCUGAUGAGUUUUCCACCAUUAACUAAUCACUUGAGUUCCUCUUUUUUUCUCUUUUUCAUUUAUAGCUUUGUUCAUCAUUGAGCAUUGACAUUUUGGCUGCCUUCCUCCUGGAAUUUUAGCCAUACAGAGAUGUCUAAGCCCCACCUGCUGUUGUUAUUGUGGUUGAUCUGGUGCUGCAAUGUUGUGGUCUUCUUUCUUCAGGCAGACGCAACAUUUGUUUCCAAUGAUACUACUGGGAUAUCGUUUGAAAUGUUCCACAUGCACUCGCCCGAGCUAAAGACACAGGAAAUUUCUCUUGGAACUCCCAAGUGUAGACUGGAUCGCUUUAUGCAAUUGCUCGAAAACGACAAUGCCAGGCGGACAAUGUUAUCAUCACAUCGCCUGGGCCAAAGGAGGAUGAUGAUACAGAGUCCGACAGCUGAGAUUCCAUUGCGAUCAGGUGCAAGUGUUGGACAUGGGGUAUUCUAUGUAUCGUUCCGAAUUGGGAGUCCUCAUCCACAGAAGUUUGUGUUGGUGGCAGAUACGGCCAGUGAUCUCACCUGGAUGAAUUGCAAAUUGUUGUGCAAAGGUUGUCCGGAGUUCAAUUUUAGCUCGGGAAGGGUCUUUCAGGCUAAGGAUUCUCCUUCCUUUCAGACAAUUCCAUGCGGCGGUAAAACUUGUCAGGAAGAUCUUGUUCAAUCUUUUGCUUUGCCUGAUUGUCCUACCCCUGAUACGCCAUGCCUCUAUAAUUACAGCUAUUAUGGAGAUAGAAGUGCGUCAGGGGUGUUUGCCAAUGAGACCGUCACAGUGGGACUUCACGGUCACCAUAAAAUAGUACUUUAUCAUGUGCUUUUUGGGUGCACUGAGUCGUCUCGUCUUCCUCCACCUUUUCCGGAUGGAGUGAUGGGGUUGGGAUUCAGCAGUAUUUCUUUCGCCAUGAGAUUGGCAGAUAUGUUUGGAAACAAAUUCUCAUAUUGCUUGGUUGACCACUUAAGCCCAAGUAACCUUAACAAUUACCUCAGUUUUGGAGAGCCUCAGCAUUCGAAGCCACAAAAAAUGCAGUAUACAGAAUUAAUCCUACAUAACUCUGAUGUGUUUUAUUGGGUUAAUGUUUCCGGUAUCUCAGUGGGCGAUAAAAUGUUAAAUAUUCCACCAGAGACAUGGAACAUUACAAAUGGUGGUGGAGCCAUUAUUGAUUCUGGUACAACUUUGACACUUCUAGCAGAAGCUGCAUAUGCCGCUGUGAUGGAUGCUUUUAUUGGCACCUUGACAAAAUUUAAAAAGGUAGAAAUGCCAGUUACGGAGUUUUGUUUUGAAGCUACAGGAUUCCAAGAAUCAUCCGUGCCAAAUUUCGUAAUUCAUUUUGCUGAUGGGGCUAAGCUUGAGCCGCUAGUUAAGAGCUAUAUCAUUGAUGCGGCCGAUGGGAUCAAGUGUCUUGGAUUUCAGCCACCUCAAAAGGGUGAUAUCUCCAUCAUCGGUAACAUUAUGCAGCAAGGUCAUUAUUGGGAGUUUGAUAUUGGCAGGAGUAAGUUGGGUUUUGGUCCUUCGUCUUGUAUUUUAACCAACCCAAAGGAUUAGAGACUUUUCUUUCAUUCCUUUCAUUCCUCUUCUGUUUUUAUAUAUAGGUAACUAUCAAUUCGUUUAUCAUAUACAUAUAUACAUAUCUUGUUUAUGUCCAGCGGCCUAUCUUGGCCUAAUAAAUUAACUUACCAUUCCAGUGAAGUUGUCUUUAGAUAACCUCACCAUGAAAUCUGAGAAAAUAAAAAAAGUUCAGCAUGCAUUCUGUUA